CAAAUUGAUACUCUUAAUCGUGAAAAAUAUACAAUAGUUGCAUGGGAUCCACCCGGUUAUGGUUUUAGUCGACCGCCAGACAGAAACUUUCCACCAGAAUAUUUUUAUAAUGACGCUGACUAUGCCAUUUCACUUAUGAAAGCUUAAAAUCUAUCCGGAAGGUAAACAUAACAUUCAUCUGAGGUAUGCAGAACUGUUCAAUUCGGAAGUGGACGAUUUCCUAGCCAAAGACUAGAAAGAAAAAAAAUCUAAUACGACUUAUCGAAAUAAAAUAAUAAUAAAAUGUUAGUUGAAAAAAAAAAUAUAUAUAAAAUAGUGACAGUUACUACUACUAUAGUAUAGCAGAGGAGUUGCUUCGUCUCUACAGUCUCGGUAAACGCGCGGCCGUUGAUCGUAAGGAGAUAUUAUAUUAUAUAGGUAAUGAUGGAACCAGCUGCAGUGACGCGACUGCUGACAUGUCCGGAGCAAUUGACAUUGCUCGACAAGGAGUGGCGUUACAAGGGCGAGGGCAACGCCAACGUCGUGCUGUCGCUGCCCGCCGACGGUACGGUGGUCCGAGUGAUGAAAGAGGCCGACGAUUGCGGUGAGGAAACCGCGACGGCGGUGGCCGAAACGCUGUUGGUGCGAUUGCGGUUUUUCUGCGCCGUCAAACGUCUGUUCUUCACCGACAGACGGUCAGUCUCCCCCCGCAGCUGUCACGUCGACGUGCCCGUGCCGAAGCGCGUGGCCGCCGAAGAGUUGCGCGAAAUCGACCGGCUCCUGGGGCCGGACAGGCCGGCCGGCCGAAAGCACAAACGUCUGUCACGGGCCGCGGGUCUGGUGGCCGUGUGCCCGGACUACACGAUGCUGCCGCCGGCGGACGAGCCGAGCGACGUCUGGUGUGUCGAGAUCAAGCCCAAACAGGGCUGGGUGCACGAGGACGACCGCCGCGACACGACGCGCAGCACGUCCGCCAUGUGCCCGUUCUGCGUCCACCAGUACCUGAAGCUGUGCCGGGGCGACGUCCGGCGGCCGAGCGCGUACUGUCCGCUGGACAUGUUCUCGGGGUGCCGCGAACGGGUCCGACGGGCCGUCGGGGCGCUGCUCCAGGACCCGCAGAACAAUUUGAAAAUCUUCGUUGACGGCCAACCGCUGCAGGUCGCGCGCGACAACGGUUUUUUGGACGCGGCGAAACGGGUGCUGGGCGACGUGACGCGAUUUUGCGAGCUGGUCGCGGACGCUCUGCUCGACGAUUCCGAGCCCGACGAUCCGUCGGCGGCGGACGAGCGGGACGACGACGGCGAUAACGACCUGCACGGUUUCCGCAGUCCAUCAUCACUCGGGUGCGACUUCCGCUCGGUUCCAAUGCCCCGGCACUGCGUGCUGAACGAGAUCCUCGCGAUGCAGCGGAUGCAAACGACCGGUUUCGCGGCCGUGUGUGCCGAGUACGACGACGACGACUGCGCGCGGGAUCCUCAUCUGCAGUUCGGCCACGUCACCCGUCUGCGAGCCCUGCACGACGGACAGGCAGCCGUUUUGAGCCCGGUGGACGGAUAUCUGGUGGCCGCCACGGCACGGGACUGUUCCGUGUUCGUAACGUUCCGCCCGCACAGCAGCCGUAUCUUUUUUCCGCGGACCGAGGUACGCGUCAAGGUGUCCGAUUUAGACCCGAAACCGCGGUCGACUGUCGAAAAACACCGGAUUCGCAACGCGGAAGUCGCGUCGGCCUACCGACAGUAUUCAGUCGGAUGACAUACGACAUAAGGUUAGGCGUGUGCCAUUUUAACCGCAUGUCGCGUCGUCCCCGCGCGCUGUGGUGAAGCGGUUAAGUGGAAAAGUGGGUGUGUGAUGUUAUAUGUACGAAUUACGGUCGCGCGUUACGAUUUGAAAUAGUAUAUGUUUUACUCUUGGAUGUAUGCUAUAUGAUGUACUAAAUAAAAUAUGUAACGAAGACAUCGAAUAAACGCCGAUAACUUAA